UGCCCAUUUUACCCAGCUCUGAUUUUAUCUUUUCCAGAUACUAGUGAUAACAAGGAACCCUCAAGUUCUGGGAGAAAAGAGAAGGGGAGAAGUGCUCAGAAAGUCCACCAGGUUAGGGACACAGAUACUAGUGAUAACAAGGAACCCUCAAGUUCUGGGAGAAAAGAGAAGGGGAGAAGUGCUCAGAAAGUCCACCAGGUUAGGGACACAGAUACUAGUGAUAACAAGGAACCCUCAAGUUCUGGGAGAAAAGAGAAGGGGAGAAGUGCUCAGAAAGUCCACCAGGUUAGGGACACAGAUGCCAAUAAUAACAACGAACCCUCAAAUGUUAGGAGAAGAAGGACGUGGGGAGGCAUCCAGAAAGCCCGCCAGGUUAGGGACACAGAUGCCAACAAUAACAACGAACCCUCAAGUGUUAGGAGAAGAAGGACGUGGGGAGGCACCCAGAAAGUCCACCAGGUCAGGGUCACAGGUGCCAGUAAUAACAACAAACCCUCAAGUGUUAGGAGAAGAAGGACGUGGGGAGGUGUCCAGAAUGUCCACCAGGUUAGGGACACAGUUUUCAUAAACAUCCAAGAUCCAAAAGUGAAUUUCCAUCUCCCUGAGCUUCCUGUCACCUGUGGGAUGAUAAAGGGCACUUUAUAUAAGGAAAAACUAGAAAAAGGCUCCUCAGAGAAGUGCAUCGAGAUGGCCGACGGGACGUGGCUCACCCCGAGGGAGUUAGAAGUCAAAGGCGGCCGUGAACGCUCCAAGAAUUGGAAGAAAAGCAUCUACUGCGGCGGCCUAACACUGAGCAACCUCAUCCAGGACAAACUUCUACCUUGUCCUCCACCUACACGUCACAAGAGAAAAAAGACGCUCCCUGAAGGUGAACCUAACAGACAGCCAGAAGCAAGGAAAGAGAUACUUCCAAGUCAGCCUCCAUCUGCUCAGAAUGAAGCUCCACCCCAACCUAAAAGAAGGCGCCUCCAGAGAAAGAUGCAGGUACCAAAAAGGACGCCUUUGAGCCCGUUCUACUUAUCAGCAGUGAGAAGUCAAGUAACUACCCUGGACAGCCGACCAAAGUACCGGGCCCAACUCCAAGCCAGGGAAUGGCUUCAUGUGACAUGCAGAGUAGGCAAAGGGCGUCUGUACAAGAAGGAAUUUGCCUCAGCCUAUCGGGGGAAAUGCAUCCAGACAGAGACAGGGUGGUACACCCCAGCAGAGUUCUUGGCCAAGGACCCCGAGUUCGAGAUUGCUUCCUGGACCCACAGCAUCUACUGUGGUAGACUAUCUCUCCAGUGCCUCAUUGAGAACAAAAUUUUGAAUCUUCAUGAAAGCGGCUGCGGCUGUGCCAUCUGCAAGGAGGAGGACAUCUUCCCAGAGAAUAGCAAUGAGUGCUUCGUGUGUACAGAUGGAGGUAAACUGUUCUGCUGUGACUCCUGUCCCAGAUCCUUCCAUGGGGACUGCCACAUCCCUGCUGUUUCACAGGAGAAUGGUGCACAGUGGUUCUGCACUUUUUGCAUAAUAAGAAUGAAUAAGGAGAAGAGGAGCUCAUACAAUAAAUCCUGCCAAUUGGAAUCGGAGGCUCUAAAACACCAGAUGUGCUUUGAGCAGCAGGUGAAAUGUGAGUAUCUCCUGAUGAAAAUGUAUUGCUGCAGAGAAAGCAUGCUCUUUGCUACAGAUCCACGCAAUUUUACGGCGUAUUCCAAGUGUGUCAGAGAACCCAUGUGGCUGGACCUGAUAAAGAAGCGGCUCAGUGACGAGACCUAUAAUACAGUAGAGGGGUUUGUCCUGGAUAUGCGCCUGAUUUUUAACAACUGCAAGAAAUUUAACAAGGACAACCAGUUUGGUCAUCUGGGAGCAAAGAUGAAGGAAAAGUUUGAGAAGGAUUUCAAAGAAGUCUUUAAUAUUGAGAAAUAAUACUAAAUGGAACAACAGAUCUUUCUAUGACUCUUCAUUAGUUAUGAGCCGAUCUAAUUCUGUGUGUUGCUUCCUCCUUGGCUGGAAUUACAAGAUCUGACCUCUCCACUGGCCUUCCUCAUUCUGACCCAUCAGUCAUCAGCUCUACUGAAACCCUAGAAGUCUUCUCUUUCUAUUUCAAUUUGGACUUUUCUGGUUGGUUUAACAAGCAAUUGUCAUGCUCAAUAGUAAUAUUGAAACAUUUCUCCAACAGAUUUUACAGCAGAGAAUGCUUUUUGUUACACUCCUAAAAUACCCAAAACAAUUCCAUGUGAGCGCAUUAGUCUGAAAUUGCUAUUUUCAUCCAUCCAUCCAUUUAUUCAUUCAUUCAUACACAAAUCACUUAUUUACAAGAGACUAGGAAUGACUAUUAUCUGGAAGGGAUCUCACAGGCCAUUUUAGCACUGUGCUCCCCUACUCUCCCCUCCCCAUUUCGCAUAUGAAGAAAUGUUGUGGGGGGGGGGGUGGAGCCAAGAUGGGAGAGAAUACACACACUUCAUUCUGAGCUCCUAAGAAAUAGUCCAAAAUGGAUGUAUUGUCCAUUACUUCACAUGUGUAAAGAUUCCAAUGAUUCGUGCAAGUUUUGAAGUCCUGCAAUAGUUUCAUCAACAAUUUUUCAUCUCAGGAAAUCCAAUGAUUCCUGGUGGUUAUAAAGUUCUGUAAUAGUCUUGUUAUCAGCUGUGCCUUUUCAGCCAUUUGCCUGCCUUGUGAAGCAAAUUCAGCUGCUGGCUCUUUACAUUUGGCAGCAAUCUGGUGAAUCAAGUCUUUCUAUCUCAGACUGUUCUAUCUAACCUUGUUAGAUGUGGGUUUUUGUUGUUGUUCUAAUCUUGGUCAAAUUACAGUUUGACCUUCUUCUGAGACAUGGAUCAGCCCAUCUGAAGCUUUGGUAGCUGUCAGCACACCACACCCACCCCUUGCAUGGAUUGAGAGCCUUCACCCGUUUCUCAGCCUGAAGCAGCUUAGAUUGAGACUCUCUCCCCUACUCCUGAUGUAAUUUGGACUGAUAUGGGGGCAGUGGGAAAGUGGUUGAUGAAUUACUGUUAAAAUUACAACUGUACUAUGUGCAUUUAAAAUUUGGGGUGGAAAUUGUUAAAUUGUAUAACUACUGCUGUUGUGGAUGUAUAGGAACUUUAUAUGUGGAUGGUUAUUUGAUGCUUUAACUUUGAAACCCCUUAUUCUGUUUGAGUUGCCCUGGCAGCCUUAGUGUUUGGGACCUUUUUUUUGGAAACAACCAGAAAUCAGGUGCCUUGGCACUUGGCAGUCUGUAACCCCAGGUUUUUAAGUGGUAUCUCAACCUUCUCAAAGGACGUUUCAGGCCUCUAAAAGUUCGGAGUUUGCCUGCCUUGAUGGUCUAACUAUGCAUACUCUCAUAGCUCUGCUCAGGAACCUGUAUCCUAGUGGCUGCCCUGUCUAUUCCUCUGGGCAGGAGCUACUCCAAGCCUCACCCUUCUCCCCUGCAGUGGGGUGCCCCUCUGAAUGGGCAGCAUGACUGUCUUGAGCAUUGCUACUUCCUAUAUAAGCAGAGACUGAGUUAAGUGCACAAAUGACUGCAGACCACCUAACACAGUGAACUGUCCAUCACAAACUGGAUUCUCUGGCUGAGAUGGUGCUCCAUCUGUCAUGCUGCAAUAGGGAGCCUUUGUACUGCUGUUAAUUCUGGGGUUGUCAGGGAGAGACUUGCCCUUGCCACAUAAGUCCUUGCAUUUUUCUACUUCUAUUUUGGUUUAUUUGCCUCAAAUAGGGUUGGUCAACAUUAUGGUUCUGGGACCUUCCAGGUAUCUAGGGGAAAGCAAUUCAAUGAUUUGAACUGUUGUGCCACAGUUCCCUUAAUGGUCCUGUCCCAGUUUCCCAAAAUGGCCCUGCCUCAGUUUCCCUGAGUUAUUCUGCCUCAGUUCCCCUGUUUGCAAGUUUCCCCCUCCUGUUCAUUAGGACUAAUAUAACUUAGGGCUCGUUACUUGUAAAUGUGCCAACUCCAGAUAAAGGGGGAGUUCAACAAAACCUUUGGGCAACCAACCUCCUAUGGGCUUCAAGAUCCUCCUGGCCCGGCUGAUGGCCAGGGCUGGCAGCGCCUUUCAGAAGUUUGUGUGAUUCUUCCAUAAGCCUUGAGCUAUUCUUUGUUUCAGAACUGCUCUCUAACUCACUUCGAGAGGACUCCCUCAUAUGAUCCUCUUUCCUGUUUCUUUUUCUUGCUGGAAUGAAAUCCCUCACUGAGACUGCUGCCAGCGAUGUGCCAAGGUGAACACUGCCUAUCCCCAAUCUGUGCCUUCUCUGCAUCCCCGAGGACUCACACCUGGGGACACUGGGAAGUCGAUUUCACCGACAUGGAAACCCGGUUUCAAGGACAUCAUUUUCUUUUGCUUUUUGUUGACACCUUCUCAGGUUGGCCCAAAGUCUUUCCUGUAAAAUCAGAAUCUGCUUUGGUUGUUGCCAAGGAACUUGUGACUGAGAUCAUCCCCAGGUU